ACCUCAGCGUAACCUACUCCUGACAUUUUGUUAUGUUGUGCUGUCACUUUAACAUUUUAAUUAAUUUAGAAUAUUUACAAUUAAAAAAUAUUUAAUAAUUAACGAACCUUUUGUCUGAAGUUAAUCCGGAGGAUAUAUAGACAUGGAAAUCGACCAGCUCUAUGUGGACAAACUGAGAAAUGACAUUAUUAAAUGUGAUUUGUCUCUAAAAUCAUUGAUCCAGGAUAUUUACAACUGUAUGGGACCACUGGAAGUCUUAAAUGAACUCAACGCUGAUGGCAGGUCGAAGCUGUCUACGCUUCGUUAUCAAAUUGAAGAACUCGAAGUCUACGGAAAGGAACGACAGAAUGAAGAGAUCAUAUCUGAUGCUGCAAACAGGAAGGAACAAUACUUUAGCACCUUCAGCAUGUUUAGGAAAGCAAAUGUAGUGUGUAUGUUGGCAAUAGACAAGAGUGGGAAAGAUGAACUUUUCCAAGUAUCCAAUCAAGGCACCCACUUACGACAAAGGCAGAAGAAAGAUAAAGUGAAUUUUUUGAAAAUGUCAUCUGGGAUCACCGAGCAGCUGCUCUCGAUCAGCAGGCACCUCUCUGACACGACGCAGUUGAGCGCCGACACUCUGAACACGCUCGCCAACUCGUCGACUACGGUAUUGGGAACGAAUGAAGAAUUACAAGAAACGAAAAGCGUCCUUUUUCAGUCAGGAAAAUUACUAGCAAAAUAUUCAAGGAGGCAGUUUACAGAUAAACUACUUUUACUCCUUGGCUUUGCAUUUUUUGUUGCCUGCAUCCUGUACAUUUUGAAAAAGAGAGUAUUUUAAUAUAUAUUAUAUCAUGCUGUUUGAGAAAAUAAAUAUUUAUUAUAUUA